UCAAAAUCCUAUAGACUAUUAGCGGGCUGGUAGACUGUAGUACUUCAAAUUUGUUGCUAGCUGACACGUAGAAGCUAUAAAGUUUGAAUCAAAAUGUGGUUCAUCCUCUUUGGGUUUUUGUUGGCGGUAUGUUCAGGACAGACUCGACAAGAACUUUGCGAAGAAUCUCCUAGAUCAAGAUGUAGGCGACUACUAGAACCUGUAAAUUUUUUCCCAAGAGAUGAAGAACAAUUCGAGCCAGGAUGUUCAAUAGUGAAACAAUACCUAACAUGUCUGAAGACAGGAGAUGAAGUAUGUCGCGAUGAAAUAUUUAAAAGUCACGAUCAGUAUGAAAGGAUUGUCAGGCUUAUACAUGAUAUCUGUGACAAUGGUACUCUUCUUCAUUAUGCUUAUUUGGAAAGUGCACCUUGUUUCGAGCACUUAGCAGAUAACUAUACGGCUAUCUGCACUGAUUCCAAGCCAGAUCUCUUUUGGUAUUACACCGAAUGGAUACAAAUGCUUAUUUAUUAUUUCACUCUUGGAGACACGGGAACAUACAGUAAAACAUCUGGAACUGAGCAUUUAGAUUUUUGGAAACUUAUAUGCUUAAACCCAACUUACUUCAUUUCCUGUGCCGCCGAUUAUGCAACUCUACAGUGCUCCAGCCUUGCCCGAAAUGUUACUGUAGAAAUUGCCCGUGAACUUGUCUACGCACAUUCUGCCUGUGCUGAGAGAGCCUGGCAAGAACUCUCGCCUGUCAUACCCAAUCUGGAUUUGGAAGAAUCUCUUAAACUUUCACUGAUGAGUACUUUAGAAGGUUUAUAUCAUCGUAACUAAAGAAAAGAAUGACUGCUUUCAAUGUAAUAACUUCAGUAAACUGUGUAACGAAAUGCUUGUCUACGCACAUUCUGUCUGUGCUGAGAGAGCCUGGCAAGAACUCUCGCCUGUCAUACCCAAUCUGGAUUUGGAAGAAUCUCUUAAACUUUCACUGCUAAGUACUUUAGAAGGUUUAUAUCAUCGUAACUAAAGAAAAGAAUGACUGCUUUCAAUGUAAUAACUUCAGUAACCUGUGUAACGAAAUGCUAAUUUGGAAAUUUUAAUAAAGUGCUCAUUUCGGAAUGUUAUUUUGGA